GAUCAAUCUACUCUUGUUGCGAUCUCUUUCCCACACUUUUAUUCUAUACCAGUUUCUCAUAUAUUUACUUUUAUUCCCUCUAAUUAAAUACCUCUAAUUCACAAUGGGCGACAAGAAGCGCAAGCUCGCCGAGGAGGCCACCUCCCCCGAAGUGAAGAAGGCCAAGCGCGAAGACAAGAAGGAGAAGAAGGAGAAGAAGGAGCGCAAGACAAAGGAAGUUGUCGAGGAGGUUCCUGUUGUUGAGAAGGAGGAGAAGAAGGAGAAGAAGGAAAAGAAGGAGAAGAAGGACAAAAAGGACAAGAAGGACAAGAAGGAGAAGAAAGAGAAGAAAGAAAAGAAGGAAAAGAAGUCCGAGCCCGAGCCCGAAGCCAUGGACGUCGACGAGACCCCCGCCGAGAAAGAGAACCAGGAGCCCGAGGCCGAGCCCGAGGUGACCAAGGAAGAGAAGAAGAAGGAAAAGAAGGAGAAGAAGGAUAAGAAGGACAAGAAAUCCAAGAAGGAGAAGAAGCAGCAGCAGGAGGGAGAAACAAAUACCGAGGCUCAGCCUACCAGCGAACAGACCGAAGAGCCUGCUGAGCAGGAGGAACAGCAGAAUAAGAAGAAUGUGCGGUUUAUCUGCUUUGUCGGAAACCUCCCCUACUCCGCCGACAAAGAGUCCCUCACCAAGCACUUCGAGAAGAUCGCCCCCGUUUCCGUCCGCGUAGCCACCCAGGUCGACAAGCCGACCAAGUGCCGCGGCUUCGGCUUCAUCGAGUUCGACAACUACGACCGCAUGAAGACCUGUCUCAAGCUGUACCAUCACUCCAUGUUCAACGAUGGAAAGUACCCGCCGCGACGGAUUAAUGUAGAGUUGACUGCCGGCGGUGGCGGUAACUCCAAGGACCGGAAAGACAAGAUCGAGGCCAAGAACAAGAAGCUUUUCGAAGAGAGACAGCGCAACGCCAAGGAAAUCCAGAAGGAGAAGAAGCGGUUAGAGCAGGUCGAGGAGACGGGUGUGGAUGACUAUGCUCAUAUUCAUCCUAGUCGGAGGCCCCGGAUGGCUUAGACGUAGCGGAUGAUUGUUGCUGCUGCUGUUGUUUGUUGUCUUUUUGAACUCAUUGGAUUAAAAAGUAUCUUGUCUUUGCUUGUUUGCUUAAGAGAUAUCCUCUUCCGUUUCUCUUCCUGUUUCUGAUGUGCAUAUUUUGGAUGGUGAUGAGAAGUCAGGCACGGAAUAUAACAUAGAUCUGGAUGAUUACCCUACAAC